ACCGAUCGAUUCAACUCUAAAGACUCUUUUGCGUUAUUAUUCUGUAGAUCUUGUUUUCUUGUUCCAACAUUGAACAUUCCACAGGAAAUCAAAAGCCAAAAGGUUUUGAAACUGGUUAGGAUGGAAUCAAUCGAAGAAGAGCAUCCACUCAACUAAAAUCAAAGCAGAAUCCAAGACUACCAUCGUCUGCACUCUCCCUUUUCCACCAUCCAAACUCAUCACUCUUCUUUUCUAUCUUUAAUUAUGUGUGUUGGAUGAUGACCAAGAAAGCACCCAAUGCUCAGUAAUCUAGUAUUUUCUGGUGGAAUAAACAAACAAAAAGUGAUCACCUAACUUCUUCUUUUUCAUUUCUCUCCCUUUUCUACGAAAACAAGAGCUCCCUAGACCCAUCCAUUGAUUGCUCUGCCAUGAUUCUUGGUUUCUUGUUCCAAGGCUCCUCCUUUGCAAGCUAGCUCUCAAUAUUGAUCAUUCCAGAGGAAAUCCAAAGCCAAAGUCUUUCUGGUACUGAAACCGGGUGGAAUAAACCAAAGCAAAGAAGACCCAUCACUUAAAUCAAAACUCAAUCUAAGAUCCAUUUCUUCAUUUUCCCUCUUCCACUCCAUAUUCAUCAAAAGAACACUAUUUGUUCCAUCAAAGUCCAACAAUGGAAGUUGGGGCCGCUCUUUUAUCGGUAACGUUCGAGUUGUUGCUCUCGAAGUUGAAUUCUGCUGUAAGUGAAUGGGUGAAGUUACCAAAGAAAGUUCGUUCCGAGAUGCAGAACUGGAGUAGUCUUUUGCCAAAAAUCCGUGCUUUACUUGAAGAUGCCGAAGAGAAGCAAGAAACGGACCGCCAGGUGAAGUUAUGGCUUGCUGAUUUCAGGGAUUUGGCAUAUGAUAUGGAGGACAUGCUUGAAGAGGUCGAGAUUGAUGCCAAGAGAUCUGAGGUGAUUGCAAAAGCCAAAGCCAGCACCAGUAAGCCACAGAAACUGAUCUGUCCGAAAUUGUUUAAUAAGGUUCCAAGAUUCAUGACUGAUCGAGAUCAAGAGAUGGCUUCCAGGGUAAAGGAUAUAACUGAUAGAUUGCAAAACAUUGAGGCCAACAUAAGUAAGUUGGGCCUGAUCAAUUCGACUAUGAGAAUUGGAGAUAAGUUUCGCAAAGUAGCUACAGAAAGAUUGUCUACUACUCCUUCACCUGAACUUCAUGUCUAUGGUAGGGAAAAUGAAAAAGAGGCUAUUCUUAAGAUGUUGCUCACUGAUGAAAGCAAAGAUGAGCCAUACUCUGUUAUUCCCAUUGUUGGAAUGGGCGGAUUGGGCAAAACCACUCUUGCUCGACUUGUUUAUAGUGAUGAAAAAUUGAAGGGCAUGUUUGGAUUAAAGGCAUGGGUUUGUAUAUCUGAGGAAUUUGAUGUUUCUCGAAUAACAAGAUCCAUUUUGGAGCAAGUAACUGGGCAAAAGUGUGAUUUAGAAAAUCUUUCUUCACUUCAAGACAGAUUGAAAGAGAAGUUCUCUGGUCAAAAGUUUUUACUUGUACUAGAUGACAUUUGGAAUAAAAAGUAUGACUUGUGGGAUAAGUUGCAGAGGCCUUUCUUGUCAGGAGCAUUGGGAAGCAAAAUAAUCAUCACAACUCGAGAUGAGAAUAUUGGGAAGAUGAUGAAGGGAAAUGAUGAAGUUUACAAUUUAGCAUUGCUAGAGAAUGAUGCAUGUUUAUCAUUAUUUGCUCGUCAUGCACUGGGAGUAGAGAAUUUUGAUGCCUACCCAAAUCUCAAAGGAGUGGGUGAGAAAAUUGUUGAAAAGUGCAAAAGAUUGCCAUUGGCUAUAAAAACCCUUAGCGGUCUCUUGCGUGGUAAGCCACAUCUUCACGAGUGGGAAUACAUAUUAAAUAGUAAGAUAUGGGAUUUACCAGAAGACAGUAGUGACAUUCUUCCAGCUCUGAGAUUGAGCUAUAAUCACCUUCCUUCUCAUUUAAAGAGAUGCUUUGGCUAUUGCUCUAUAUUUCCUAAAGAUUAUGAAUUUGAUGAGGGUGAGUUGGUUUUGCUAUGGAUGGCCGAAGGACUUUUGCAACAACAACCACAGAUAAUGAAGCAAACAAAAGACCUUGGGCAUCGGCACUUUCAUGAUCUAUUGUCGAGAGCUUUUUUUCAACGAUCCAGUGGAGAUGAGUCAUUGUUUGUGAUGCAUGACCUCAUGGUUGAUUUAGCCCUGCAUGUUGCUGGAGAUACAUGUUGCACCCUUGAAUUAGAUGGAAAAAUAUCAAAUGUGAGCAUUCAAAAAGCCCGUCAUUUGUCAUUAUUUCCUUGUACAUAUAUGGUGUCAAAAAGAUUUGAAUUCUUGGAGAAUAAAAAGAAUUUACAUACAUUCCUGCAGCUGAGGAGUUCUUACUCAUGGUAUAGGCGUUGUUACUUAUCCAACACACUCUUGCAAGAUUUGAUGAAAAAUCUAAAAUGUUUAAGGGUGUUGUCUCUUCCGGGGUAUCAGAUAACGAAGCUCUCUGAUCAGAUUGGAGACUUGAAGCAUCUACGAUUCAUUAAUUUGUCUGGUACAGAGAUUGAAAGUCUUCCUGAGUCAGUGGGUUGUCUUCUUUAUUUACAGACAUUGUUGUUAAGGAACUGUCGAAGGGUUUCCAAGUUACCUACAACUAUUGGAAAUCUACUUGAUCUCCAACAUCUUGAUAUAGCUGAGACAUCAUCUCUAAAAGAGAUUCCAUCAGAAAUCAGCAAGUUGACAAAUCUUGUGACAUUGUCAAAAUUUAUUGUUGAAAAUGCUAAAGGACCAAGACUACAGGACUUGAAGAAGUUGUCAUGUCUUCGAGGCCAGCUUUCCAUUUUGGAUUUACAAAAUGUUUUAGAUGCUAAUGACGCAAAGGAGGCUAAUAUGUCUGAGAUUCAGGGAUUGGAUGACUUAUCCUUGGAAUGGUGUUCUGAUAACCAUGAUGGGCGAAAUCAAAGCAUUGAAAUGCAUGUCCUCAGAUGGUUAAAACCUCAUCAAGGUUUGAAACGAUUGAGAAUCAAUUGUUUUGGCGGGUUGGAAUUCCCAUCUUGGAUAGGUGAUCCAUCAUUUUCCAACUUAGAGUACUUGGAGCUAUGCAAUUGUAAAAGCACUUCAUUACUAUCACUUGGGCAACUACCCCAGCUCAAAGAAUUGAUCAUCACAGGCAUGGAUGCAUUAAAAAAUAUGACGCUUGAGUUUGACGAAGACAAUUCUUCUUCAACUUUUCCGGCAUUGGAUUUACAAGACUACCCUGAGCUGGUCGGAAAAUUACCGAAAUGCAUUCCUUCUCUUAAAAAGUUGAAGAUUUCCAGAUGUCCAGAAUUGAGGUACUCCCCACUUAGUCUUCCAUCACUUGAAGAAUUGCAUAUGGAAGAAUGUAGUGAGGUAGUAUUGAGGAGUAUGGUCAAUCUCACCUCCCUCAAAACAUUGAGUAUAAAAAAAAUUUCUAAACUGACUUGCCUACCCAAGAGUUUUGUCAAGUCCAUGAUAGCUCUCAAGGAUAUAGAGAUUGUGUCUUGCACUGAACUUACUUGUUUGUGGGAAGAGGGAGUCAAUAUCCUAAACCUUGCCUGUGUUGAGAAAAUAAGAGUCAAGGAGUGUGAAGCGCUAGAUUUCUUGCCUGGUGAGAUAAUGAUGUUGCUGCGACUUGAAGAAUUAUCUAUUAGGAGAUGUCCUACUCUUCGAAUGUUUCCAAGAGGCAAGUCACCCACCACGCUUAAAGUCUUGAAAAUUUGGGAAUGUGAAAUGCUAGAGUCUCUACCAGAAGGAAUAUUGAUGAAUAAUGGUCAUGCAUAUCAAUCGUCGCAACUUGAAGAAUUAGAGAUUGCCAACUGUCCUUGUCUGAAUUCUUUUCCUAGUGGUCAGUUACCCAAUUCUUUUAAAAGGCUUUAUAUCAAUAAUUGCAAGCAACUAGAGUCUCCGCCUCAAAGGAUGCUGCAGUAUUGUACGGAACUUAAAGAGAUAAGUAUUUAUAGGGGUGAUAUGAAAAGUUUUUGUUUUGAGGACAUGCGCGGGCCCACUUCUUUAUCGAUAGGCAAUUGUGAUGGUUUGGAGUCGUUUUCCCUGUCCAUCUCCAAUCUUAUAGAGUUACGCAUAUCAAAUUGCAGGAAUCUCAAGUCUUUGCCUAAAAAGAUGCACGACCUCACGUCUCUCAAUACAUUAUAUAUAAGCAAUUGUCCAGGGAUCAAGUGCAUUUUAGACAAUGGGUUGCCUCCGAACUUAACACAGCUUGAAAUUUAUGGGUGUGUAGGAAUCGAGUCCAUUCCAGGCGGUGGUUUGUUUCCAAACCUAACAGAUCUUGUAAUUGUCGACUGUUCAAGGAUUGAGUCCAUUCCAGACCGUGGUUUUCCCCCAAACCUUAGAAGUCUUACAAUUGAUUGCAAGAAUCUAAAGAAGCCGAUGCAGGAAUGGGGCCUUAGCAGCCUCACCUCUCUUCUAUCCUUGGAGAUUUAUUGGAUAUGUCCUGAUCCUGAUGUGCUUCCCACUUCUCUAAUCAGUCUUGUGGUAGGUAAGGUUGAAAAUAUGAAAUCCAUAGCUAGAGGGCUCCUUCAAAACCUCAACUCUCUUCAAGAUUUAACAAUUGUGGAUUGCCCAAAGCUGCAUUCGUUGCCAAAGGAAGGCCUGCCUCCCUUGCUUGAACAACUCUGGAUUGGAAACUGCCCGUUGCUAAAACGACGAUGCUUGGAGGAGAAAGGAGACUAUUGGCCCCUCAUAGCUCGCAUCCCCUGCAUUGAAGUUUGGGAUGAUGAAAACCACACAAGUUCAGAGACAAAACAAAAACUUUGUUUAUGGUAAUACUUAAAAAAUACUCCAUCAUAAUCAUUCACAGUUUUUUUUUUUUUCUGUAUGUUCUGAGAUAUGAUUAAUUUUUGGAAGUUGGAAUCCUUUUCCUAGCUUCAAGUACCUUGUUUCUUUUUUCUUUCUUUCUAUUCUAAAUAAAUUGGAGGCAAAAGGCAAGACAUUCUAAGGGGAUUUUUCUACAAUCUAGAAUAGGAAAAAGUUAUAAUCUGUGGAGAUAUUGCUAAGCUUGUAGCAGAGUUGUACUUGAAAUGCAAAUAACAAAAUCAAUACAAAUCAGUCUUAUAGACACAUUGUAUGAUUUCUCUCUUUACAUUUUUGGGAACUUGUUUUUUGUUGUUUAGGCUAAGAAUCUAUAUGAAAAUAUUGACAUCUUACAAGCUUGUAAUCUUAUUCUUUCUGGCUCAGAGCAUGCUCUUCUGCAAAAGUUUCUUCUUGCUGGAAGGAAGACUUAUUGUGCAUUUCAAAAUUGCAAGUUUCUUUCGGCGAGGCUGAGUUAGUUAAAAAAUGAAAUUGGAAGGGCAUAUAGAACAGCACAUUCGAAUGGGAUUUUUCUUGAAACUGGAAGUGGAAAGGUUAUAGUCUGUGGUGAUAUUGCCAAGCUUGUAACUAGAUUGUGCUUCAAAUGCAAAUAACAAAAACAAUACAGUUUAGUCCUCUAGAUACCUUCUCAAGCAUGCCCUUCUGCAAGAGUUUCUAAUUUGAAUUGCAAGUGUUUAUCAACUUGGCUGAGUCAAGAAAAAGAGUAUCUGAGGGGUACCUUUUGUUAAGAAGCUUGAGCCUCCUUCAAAUGAAAAAAGUUUGAUUGCUGCAGAUUAGAAAGUUGCUGUCCCAGGCUCCCAACAUUUUGAGAUUUGACCAGCGUGUCCUCUGUAGUAAAUUUUCCUCUUGGAGAGAGUAACUCAAUUUUCUCCUACAUUCGCUUGUGACCUUAUGACCUCUGCUUUUAUGCUUUGGAAGAGACAAAGAUUAGUUGAUCUGCCAUUUCAUUUUUGUAUUCUGAGUUUGGUAGUCGCACAAAUUGUAUUUAAGUUCACAAGAUUGAUUUCUCACUUAACAAUAAGGGAGCACAACAUUGAGCAAGAAAGCUCACUUGUGUCCCAUCAGAAUCAUUUAUUUUAGUAGGAACUUGAAGAUUUUGGCAUUUUAAAGCAGUAUUUAAUUGGAAUUUGAGCUUGAUGAUCAUGAUGAUAACUUUAUUUUGUUCUGUCUAUGCUUAUCAUUAUGCUGUUUUUAUUGUUUUAAUGCAUAUUUUAAAAGUAGAAAGACUAGCAGCUGCAUGAUCAACAACAAAUGCCAAAGAAUGGAUUGGUGUAUUGCGUUAUGGCAGCAAAAUCUGCAAAAUCAUACUAGACCCACAUGACCUUUGAUGAAGAAUGAGAACAUAUUCCAUUUCUAGAGAUUGGACUUUUGGAAAUUUGAUUAUGAAAUGUUAAUAUAUAUAUUUUUGCUUU